AUGGUGAUCAGUACUGGUGCAAAUGGAACCGCUGGUCGGCGCCGCGGCCGCAUGGCAUUGUCAUGGAGCCGGGCGAUUGCCGGGCUCUGCAGACCUGGCCACUGCGGAAUUGGCCAGCCCAAGCAGAAGGAUGGUCACCAUCUCAAGCAGUACAACAAGGCGAUUUCCGCCCUGGACAAAGGAAAUCAGUGGGAGCGUGCGAGGCUCGUCCUGCAAAACGCAGCCGGCCUUUGCCUGGAGCCGGAUGUGUACAGCCUUGGUGCCGGCGUCAGCGCCUUGGCCCGCCACCGGCACUGGUGCUUGUCCGCGGCUCUGCUUCGAUGGGGCCAAGAGAAGGGCCUGCAUGCCUCUGAGGUGACUUUGAACUCAUUGCUGAGCUCUUGUGAGCGAAGUGACCGCUGGAAGACAGCCGUCGACCUGUUCCAGACCCUUUGCAAGGCGCUGCUUCGACCAAGUCCAGCUUCAUUCGGCUGCUGCAGCCGAUGGCCAGCUGCCGCAGAGGCAACCGUGGCUAUGCGACGCGAGGGCAUACAGCCGACCGAGAUCUCUCGAGGUGUGAUGAUGAAGGCUUUUCAGCUUGCUGAACGCUGGCAGUGCGCCAUCUUCAUGAUCCAGGAGACACGAAAAGUCACCGUCAGAGUGGACGAGGUUACAACCAGCUCCGCCAUAACAGCGCUGGAGCGUGUGCGGCGCUGGUCCUUGGCCCUCCACCUGGCCGGCAGCCCGGGCAGCCCAAGCCAAGAUGUUGUCCGCAUUGGGGCGGAAGCUGCGGCCGCUGCUGCGGCGGGGUGGCGUCAGGCGCUAUCUUGGCUGCUCUCAGCAACCUCACUGCGGUUCCAGCUCGGUGUCGUAGCUUUUGGAGCCAUCCUCACCGCUUGUGAGAAAGCCGGAAUGUGGUCCUUAGCGCUGGAAAUACUCUGCAGCCUGACCGUCGCUUCUGUCGAGGAGAACACGAUCAUCGGCAACAGUGUUCUCAGUGCCUGUGAGAAGGCCGGUCAGUGGAAUGCGGCAGCGGCUUUUCUGGACUCGUUCCGCAGCAGGAGAAUCGACAGUGACGCGAAAAUGUUCCGGCAGAUAAUUGCAGAUUUGGUGAGGCUGUCGCAAAAUGCAGCGAUAAGCGCCUGCGAGAAGGCCCACAAAUGGCGCGCUGCCACCUCUCUUCUGCCACAUUCAGACGAGGUGGGCCACAAUGCUGCCAUUUCUGCUUGCGAGAAGGUGUCGGCUUGGGACCUUGCUGGCGCGCUUCUGUCUGGGAUGCCCAGCCAACGUUUGGUUCCGACGGAGGUGAGCCACAGUUCAGCGCUGACGGCAUACGGGAAGUGCCGGCUAUGGAAAAACACACUGGCACUUCUGCAAGGAAUGCGGACAGCCGUGCUCACCCCGAACGAGUUCACCUAUAGCGCAGUUGCUUGGACAUUUUCAGACACGAAGCAAGGUCUUGCCAGGAGGAGACUUACUUGUAGCACUGACUACCGCCUGCAGCACUACAUCGCAAUCGGCAAAGGCUUUGGAGCUUCUGAUGGUAGUGGAAGACUGGGUGACGGACGGGCAGCCUGCAUGGAUCCUGUAGGUGCAACUGAGAGGGCUGACUUCGAUUGGCCUAGCGGACUUCUUCACGCGCAGCAAGCGAACUUGAACUGUGCCCCGGCGUUGCAGGCCGAUGGGGAGGCCUGGGUGAGACAAUGUGAAUACUACAGCUCCUACGGCUGCCAGUACGCUCCGUCGAAGGCUUCUUGGGAAGAGCAGGCGCCAGUCAAGACAAUGUUCACGGUCUUCUGCAUUGACUGCGGGUGGCAAGUUUUCCGACGGAUGACCCUACAAAAGAUUGACGCGCUGACGGACAACACCAACCGAACACGAAGUCAGGUGAGCGACUGCUUCAAGGAAGCGAAUGGCCAGGUAUCCAAGGUGGGUGACCACGUAUUCCAGAAACUGGGCAUCUUGGAGUUUGAAGGAGCCGAUGAGGAGAAGGUGUUGGAGGUCUCCAUGGAGGCCGACGCCGAGGUGGAGGACAUCGUGACCAGGGAAGAUGGAACUGUUGAGGCACUGGCCCGCAUUGCCAGAGUUUAUGCAAGUACAGGCAAGCUGAGGGCAGAUUCCAUGCAUCGGCUCUGUCUGCCCAUACUUGGAGACCUUUCGUUUCGCAAGGUUUCUGUGGCAAGCCGCAGUUCAGAGCGCUUGCGGCUGCGAGCCAAGGCGGCAGCGGCCCUCGAGGGUCCGCCUCCGUGGGAUGGGAUGAUAUUCACUUCACUACCUUGUGCUCAGCUUGUGCUGAAGUCUCUUGCAGUGGCUGUUGCUGAGGGUAUGGCGCUGCUAGCACUAGUUGUAGUCGCGCAUAUCUUUGCAUGCAUGCGGGAGGCUGCUUGCACCUCUUCCACCUUCGAUGCAUUCAAGUUUGGGCUGGAGUGGAGAACUCCUGCCCACAAUGCCGCAUGCGAUUCCGCCGGUUCGGCGAAUAUAGCCUCGUGUCUGGAGAGCGCAGGAAAGUUUGCGAAGUGGAACAGCGCGAUCAGGUCGGCGACUCCAGCGGCGAAUCUGAGAUCACAUGUGACGUUUGCGGAGGGGCUGGUGAAGCAGAGCUUCUGCUGCUCUGCGACGGGCGACGGGGCCGAUGUCCUGGCGCCUGCCAUACUUUUUGCGAUGGCUUGGGCCGGACAGUCCCCAGCGGACAUUGGUUCUGCCCGACAUGCCGCGGUCCAGCAGGUCAUGUCGCUUUCUACUGAAACUGUAGACUCCGGCGGCGUUGACCGCAGCGUGCUUGCCCCUGCGCCCACGGUGGAGGCGUCACGAGGCCCCGCAAGCUUGGUUCAUGCUCCACAACAGGGCGCGCAAACGUCCCUGCAGACAGACGUGCAGCGAGAUCCCGAAUCCACACUGCCGGCAAAGCAAGAAAUUGAGGAAGUUGAGGCCCCGGCCCCGGCUCAUGCGACGGCAGCUGAGCCAGUUCUGCCAGCACGUCUUGCUGCAGCAGACGGGCUGCAGAAUGUGGCCACGGAGUCUGAUCUCGGCGGGUUUAUCUCCACUGAUGAUGUGGCCGAGAUGCCGAGUCACUCGCUGAAACCUCACGCUUUCUCCAAGCUGAACCCCCAGCAGAUGUCCAUCGAUUUGGACAGUGCCGAUGAGGCCCCUGAAGUGCCACAGCCAGCACCCCGCCGUUACAGCAUCUUGCAGUUGCCUCCGCAAUUUGAAGCGUGCGCAGAACAGCUGCGCAAAUUUGCUUCUACGUAUUUUCUUUGUGAGCGGAGCAUGCCCCUUGCAGCACGCACCGCAGAACGCAUGUGGCAACUGUCGCAGGUGGGCCCUUGCCCGAGCGCUCUUGCAGAUGACACGGAGACCCGCUAUCGUCAGCUGCUCCAUGUUGCCAGGGACAGCUUCGAACUCUUCUGGCAAACUCCUUUGGACCCGGCCGACGACGACCCAUGUGGGCUGCGCUGCCUGCGAAAGAAGGAGCAAUCUCUCUUAUGUGUGCGAUACAAAGGCAGGCGGGGCAAGCGAGGCCGCAUUCGCCCCUCUGACAUUGUCCGCUGCGAGCUCCAGUGCCGCCGGAGGCUUCUGGAGUUUGUGGAAGGCAGUCGACCUGGAUCAAAGCUGCCUCGUUGCGAUUUGCCUCCACGCGAGGCAGAGGUCCAAAGUGCAUCCAGAGCACCGCAGCUACAAGGCGGCGGCAUUCCUCCUGCGCGUGCGGCUGUUGCUGUGGAAAGACUUCCAGGUUCUGAGGAUUCUGCGGAGACUCCAGUGGACGGGACUCCUAUGAACGGUAUGAACUUGCUGGAGGCAUUGAAGACGGAGCCUUGGUACGUGGGCCAAGCUGUGCAUGUGGCCCAAGUGGGAUCCCGCACUGCAGGGUAUGCUUCCCCAAGUGCCGAGCUCCAUCCUUUGUUGAAGGAGGUGCUGGUCGAAAUUGUGCAGGGUGAUGCAGCUGGUGCCUUGCAGCUUUACAACCACCAGGCCGAGGCAAUCGAUGCCGUCCUGGUGCAGAAAACCGACAUCGUUGUCAGCACAUCUACUGGAAGUGGAAAGUCCCUGGUCUACUUGGUGGCGAUCUUUGAUGCAUUGUUGAGAGACGAGAAUGCCACAGCCUUCUUGAUCUUCCCGACCAAAGCUUUGGCACAGGACCAGCUUCGCUCCCUGAGCCGCGUGGCACAAGGACUCACCCAGCGCGGCGUGGCGGCGGAGAGGCUCACCAUAGCCUGCCUGGAUGGUGACACGCCGAGUGCUGAAAGAAGCCGCGUUCGACGCGAGGCCCGAGUCGUGCUGACAAAUCCGGACAUGCUGCAUAGCCAUGUUCUGCCGCAACACGUGGAGUACGCGCGCUUGCUACAGAAUGCGCGCUACAUCGUCCUCGAUGAGGUUCACAUCUACCGUGGAGCUUUUGGUGCUCACGUUUGCAACAUCAUCCGCAGGUUCCGUCGCCUCGUUGACGAGGCCUCGCUGCGCUUUGUGGCCUGCUCCGCCACAGUUGCGAAUCCGGGAGAGCAUGCCGAGCGACUUUUUGGGCCGGGGCGCGGCGACAUCACCGUCGUUGCGCGGGAUGCAUCGCCAAGCGGGGGCCAUGUGUACGUGCUGUGGAACCCUGCGUCCUUGGUCAAAGGAUCUGCGACAGCAGGGCAGCAGGAUGCAACUUUCCAGCAGGAGCAGAAGGAGCCUGGCGCAUCUCCGGCAGCCAAGCGGAUGCGCACGGAGGUUCCAGCUUCCCCGACGCCAGUGGACCUCGGAGAUGGCGAGGAGGCGGUUGUGUUGGGUGGCUACAACCAAAGCGGCGCAUCACCCAUUGUGGAAGUGACGCGCUUGCUUGCAUGGCUGGUUUCACGCAAUGUUUCGGUUUUGGCAUUCUGCAAAUGGAGGAGCCUUGUGGAGAUCAUUGUCCAGGAUGUCAAAGAGGCCUUGAAUGCCAGCGAAGCUUCUGCGCUCAGUUCCCGCGUCGUCUCUUACCGCGCUGGCUACCCCGCUCAUCUGCGGCGCCAGUUGGAGCGAGACAUCUUUUCUCGAAAGGUCUUGGGUGUCGCCUGCACGAAUGCUCUCGAGCUUGGUAUAGACAUCGGCCGAUUGGACUGUACAAUCUCCUUGGGCUUUCCCGGCAGCGUGGCUUCACUUCGUCAACAAUUCGGACGAGCUGGAAGGGCUGGUCAUCCGGGGAUCUCUUUCUUUGUUGGGUUUGAGGACCCGGUGGACCAGCACUUCAUGAAGCGACCUCGAGAGCUGUUAGCGCGACGCCCGGAAUCCGUGGCCGUCGCUCCAGGUAACAUCACUGUGCUUCGGAGCCACUUGCCGUGCGUGGCCUUCGAACGGCAUAUCAAGCCAGACGACGCCAGGUACUGGCAUGAGGACGCCGAUAACUCCACCUGGCAAGCGGCGGUGCGGAAGUGCCUUGAGGAUGGAGGCCUGGCGGAGCAGAAGGAGGAUUUUGGCUUGGCCCUGGUCCCGGCACGCCGUUGGGCGACCCGACCGGGAGGACCUCACAGAGCAGUGUCCAUCCGCGCGGUGGAGGAUCACUUCGAGGUGGUGGAAGUGACGUCGCAGGAGGCACCUGUCUAUGAGGAAGGCGGUUUCCUGCAGGAGCCAAGUCGAAGUGGGGCCGGCGGAGCAGUCACCGCUUUCCGAAAGCUGGAUGAGAUCGACAUCUCCAAGGCUUUCUAUUCGCUGCAUCCAGGGGCCGUGUAUCGCUACCGGGGAGCCGAGUACUUCGUCACAGAUCUGGAUCUCAAGCGCCGGAGGGCAACGGUGAAGAAAUGCGAUGCGCCUCUGGCCUACUACACCCGAGCUUUCGACCACACGGAGGUCCGAAUCCAUACGCGUGAGAAACAUGCGACAUCUGGCCCGGCGAAGGUGUUCUUGGGCAGAGUGGAGAUGGAGAGCCGUGUGAAGAGUUUCAAGCGAUUCUGGAAGUCACAGGAUGUUCAGCAAGAGCCUGAGGUCGAGCUGACUCUGCCGAGUUGGGGCUACUGCACCCGUGGCUUGUGGUUUGAAGAUCCUGUUGGUGUGGCGCGUCGUCCCGAGAUGUCUUGGAAGCAAGAGUCGAUUGGAAAGAGAGACCCAGAAGGCAAAUUGCAACCCGGAGAAGCCGGAGAAGAGUGGACUUGGGGCUGCGGCUGGGCUGGGGCACACGCUGCUAUGCACGCACUUCUUCAUGUGUUUCCACUCUUUGUUCUAGCGGACCGGCAAGACCUGGAUGCUGCUUGCAUGGACGAGCACGAAGCACCACCCAUGGACCACCCUCGCCUCAUGAUCUUCGAUGCCAAGGAUGAGGGCCUCGGCCUCUGCGAUGCCGCCUUUCCACAUGGCUUCGCUAUGCUCCGAGAGGCGCGCCGCCUUGUAGAGGACUGCCCAUGUCAGCAUGGCUGUCCCGCUUGCAUCAUCGAUCCGCACUGCCGGGAGUACAAUCGCUUUCUCUCAAAGCGCGGGGCCCUCGAGUGGCUGCAAGGUCUGGAGUCCGGCAACCCCACGAUGGGCAAUAUGGACCUGGACGUCGGGAUGGCGGCAAACGUGAGGGACGCGUACGUCACCGUUGCAGAUACCGGCGCGGUGACCCUCCCGGAGAACUUUCAUGCUGUAGUGUCUGCUUUCGAGGGCGCAGGAAUGGAGCCGAGCAAGUCCGAGCAAGCGAUGAGGGUGCAAGUAGAGGCAACGCUGAACCACGAACAGAGCUAUGAAUUGCUGAAGCUGCUUCAUCUGCUAGAAGAUUUGGACGACAUCGGUGAGAUUCAUCACAACGCUGUCUUGGCCGAUGAUGUGGAGCUCAAGCUGAGCAACUAUGGCGUCCCACUGGCAUACAAGACGGCUUACAAGAAGUGA